AUGGACCGCAUGUUCGUCGACGACUUCUUCGGCGGCCACUGGAUAGACUCCACCAGCAAGCGCCGUGAGGCCGGAAGCCAGCGCCUGGCGGAUCCACGGCUCAUGGAGGUGCACGUGGCCCUCCUUUCUGGGCAGUCCGUCGCCAUCUGGGUCCUCCCAGACGACACCGUGAACAAGCUGCGCCUGCAGGCCCAGGCGGCGCUGGCAGUGGGCCUCGCCGGCCUGGUGACGCAGAGCGGCGAGCUGCUGAAGGGCCUCGCCACCCUCCAGGAGUGCCAACUCCAGCAUGGAGACAUGGUUCACGCCACCGUGCGCAUGGCGACGCUGGCCUCCACGCGGCAGUCGAUGGCCUUCGCCCUGAUGCGCAGCGACGGCUCCGUUGUGACCUGGGGUCCCACGGACCGCGGCGGGGACAGCAGCGAGGUGCAGCACCAGCUCAGGGACGUGGAGCGCAUCGUGGCCACUGGCGGGGCCUUCGCGGCAGUGCGCGCGGAUCGAAGGGUGGUUACAUGGGGCGAGAGCACCAUGGGUGGGAACUGCUCGGCCGUGGCCAUGCAGCUCCAGGAUGUCGUGGCUGUCCGUGGCACAGUGCAUGCCUUUGCAGCCCUUACGGGCGGCGGGAGAGUCAUUACCUGGGGCCGCGACGAGGCGGGCGGCAACUUGGGUGUCGUGGCUGCUGUCCACUCGACCAUCACCCGAACCAAAGUGAGGGACGUCGUGGCCACAGACUACGCCUUCGCGGCCGUGCUUUGCGAUGGCACAGUUCAAGCCUGGGGCGGACCCGAGUUCGGCGGCCACUGUCCCUGGGGACGGUCGGACAAGGAGCUGCAAGGCGUCAAGUCCCUCCACGCGACCUCUCGGGCGUUCGCGGCGCUGAAAGAAGAUGGCACUGUUGUCGCCUGGGGCGACAGAACGGCUGGUGGCGAUGCUCGGUUGGUGAGACCUCGCCUCCAAGGGGUGGUCCAGAUUCAGGGAUCGGACUACGCCUUUGCGGCCAUCCUGGCCGAUGGCGGCGUCGUCACCUGGGGCUGCGAGCGCGCUGGCGGCGAUUCCACUGCGGUCCAGGAGCAACUCAAGGAUGUCCGCAGCAUCGCGGCGACAGAGGCUGCCUUUGCCGCGAUUCGCGGAGAUGGCAGCGUCGUCACCUGGGGUAACGAACUUUCCGGGGGCGACAGCAGUCACGUCCAGCAGCAGCUCGAGGAUGUGGCAAACAUCACAGGGUCCGUGGCCGCCUUCGCGGCGAUCCUGGAGAACGGCAAGGUGGUGACUUGGGGUGACCCCUACUCUGGCGGCAAGAUACCAGAUACAGUACAAAGUCAGCUCGACGCCUCCUUCGCCCAGCAGGUCCAAGCCUCGAGGCAGGCCUUUGCUGCCAUCCUGGCCAAUGGCACCGUGGUCUCCUGGGGCCACCCCUUGCAAGGAGGAAACAGCAGCAUGGUGGCGCCGGAACUCCAGAAUGUCCACCAGGUCGCUCUCCAGGAAGCGGACUUCUGA